UGCCACUUUCUUUCUCUUCCUACUCUUCUUCUUAAUUGAGCAAGCGAAGGAGAGAGACAGGAAAACGAGAGGGCUUUCGCUUCGGCGGAGAGAGAGAGAGAGAGAGAGAGAGAGAGAGAGAGAGGGAGGGAGGGAGGGAAAGGGAGAGGGAGAGAAAUGGGGAGCGAUGCCAAAGUGUUCACAUUGGAGGAUGUCUCAAAGCACAACACCAACAAAGACUGCUGGCUCAUCAUCGGCGGCAAGGUUUAUGACGUGACAAAGUUCCUUGAUGACCACCCUGGUGGCGACGAAGUUUUAUUAUCAGUAACCGGCAAAGAUGCAACUGAUGAUUUUGAAGAUGUUGGCCACAGCAACACUGCAAGAGCCAUGAUGGAUGAGUACUAUGUGGGAGAGAUUGACGCCUCCACAAUCCCAGUCAAGACAAAGUAUACCCCUCCGAAGCAACCUCACUACAACCAGGACAAGACUUCAGACUUUAUUGUUAAAAUUCUCCAGUUUUUGGUUCCAUUGGCUAUAUUGGGGUUGGCUGUUGCUAUCAGAAUCUACACCAAGACCGAGUAGAAGAAAGAAGAAAUUUGGUGGUUCCAGUGAACUAGUUUGGUUAGAUCUGUGUGCUAUUGUUUGUGCUUGUAUCUCUUCCCAUUAUGCUCUUGGUUUGUUUCUUUGCGUAAACUGUAUUUUUCUCUUUUAUGUAGGCUUUCUGGCGUACUCAGUUACCUUGUGGAUUGAUAAUUACUGUUUAUGACAAAGAUCUUCAAAUUUAAUA